CCCUCCCUCCCUCUCGCUGUCUCUCCCUCUCUCUCUCAUACACACACAGAACCAGGAAGUUAAUUUCAACAAAAACGAAACUCAUAGUGCUGCUCUGAGUUCAGGAAAAUGGCUGAGGCGAGUAUUUCAGUAGAUCAGGAUCAGUUCAUCUGUUCAGUGUGUCUGGAUCUCCUGAAGGAUCCGGUGACUCUCUCCUGUGGUCACAGUUUCUGUAAGGUGUGUAUUAAUGGCUGCUGGGAUCAGGAGGAUCAGAAGGACGUCUACAGCUGUCCUCAGUGCAGAGACACUUUCACACCAAGGCCUGUUCUACGCAGAAACAACAUGCUGGCUGAAGUGGUGGAGAAACUGAAGAAGAAGACUGAAGUUCAAGCUGCUUCUCCUGAUCACUGUUACACUGGACCUGGAGAUGUGGAGUGUGAUUUCUGCACCGGGAGAAAACACAAAGCCGUCAAGUCCUGUCUUGUGUGUGUGGCUUCGUUUUGUGAAACUCAUCUCAAACCUCACUAUCAAGUUCCUUCAUGGAAAAAGCACAAGUUAGUCGAAGCUUCUGGAAAUCUACAAGACAAGAUCUGCUCUGAACAUGAUGAAGUGUUGAAGAUCUUCUGUCGUUCUGACCAAAGCUUCAUCUGUUAUCUGUGUAUGACGGAUGAACAUAAAAGCCACGACACCGUCUCAGUUAAAGCUUACAGAACUGAGAAAGAGAAUGAGCUACAGGAGGAGCAGCUGAAAUUCCAGCAGAGACUCCAGGAGAAGCAGAAGAAGGUGCAGGAGCUGAAACAGGCUGUGAACACUAUAAAGCUCAGUACACAGACAGCAGUGGAGGACAAUGAGAGGAUCUUUACUGAGCUGAUCAGCUUCAUGGAGAAAAAGCGCUCGGAGGUGACGGAGAUGAUCAGAGCUCAGGAGAAAGCUGAACUGAGGCGAGCUGAACGACUCCUGGACCAACUGGAGCAGGAGAUUGAUGAUCUUCAGAGGAGAGUAACUGAGAUGGGGAAGCUUUCACACACACAUGAUGACAUCCAUUUCCUCCAGAGUUUCCAGUCUCUUCGUGUCUCUUCUGGACGUGACGACACAUCCAGCAUCACUGUCAGUCAACAUCUCUCAUUUGAUGGAGUGAAGAAAUCUCUCUCUGACCUGAAAAAGAGACUCGUGGAAAUCUUCCAGGAGGAAUUCAUCAACAUCCCUGGACGUGCUGCAGAACUUCAGAUAAUUUUACCCUCAGAACCAAAGAGUAGAGAUGAUUUUCUGCACUAUUUCUGUUCUCUGACUCUGGAUCCCAACACGACACAUCGUGAACUCAUUCUGUCUGAGAAGAACAGAGCAGUGACAGGCAGUGAGAGAGAGCAGCAGUACUCUGAUCAUCCAGAGAGAUUUAGCUCCAGGUGGCAAGUGUUGUGUAAGGAGAGUGUGUGUGGACGCUGUUACUGGGAGGUGGAGUGGAGCGGUGAUGUUGUGUCCAUAUCAGUCUCAUAUAAAGACAUCAGGAGGAAAGGAUAUAAUAUUGAGUGCUGGUUUGGACACAACAAACAGUCCUGGGGUCUGCGAUGUUCUUCUUCUUCUCUCUCUUUCUAUCACAACAACAUUAAGACUGAUCUCAGAGUUCCAUCAUCCUCCAGAAUAGGAGUGUAUGUGGAUCACAGUGCAGGAACUCUGUCCUUCUACAGCGUCUCUGACACCAUGAAGCUCCUCCACAGAGUCCACACCACAUUCACUCAGCCUCUAUACGCUGGGUUCUGGCUCUACUCUUAUGGAACAUCUGUAAAAUUAUGUGAUCCAAAAUAAAAUAUUAGCAAUAUGACUUUUUAUUUAUUAUUAAAACGACCAGUUCUUUUUUUUAGGUUAAGUUUAAUUGAAAUAAACAUCUGAUAUGAGUGAGUGUCUAAAUAUGUAAAAUACAACAGAAUUAACAGAAUAUUGUUUUUAAAUCUAUGAAUUAUAGUCACUAGUUACUUUAAGUGCUUGCAUGUCAUUUUUUAUUUUUUUACAUUUCAAACUUUUUUUUUACACUAAAAAAAGUGUAAUAUCAGAGUUUGAAAAUAUUAAAAUAAACAGAAGUAACGUGU